AGAGAGAAGAAAACCUCGAAUUACGCUAGAUUUUAUUACAGACAGCAAUGGCAGCAGCUCCCUCAACUUCCUUGGUACUGUCUUUGUCUUUCCUUGUACUGUUCUCAACAAUUUGUGUCAAUGUAGAAGCAUUGUCUGCUCGAGCUUCAGUGAACAUAACAAAUAUUUUGGAAAGUCACCAACAGCUCACCGUUCACUGUAAAUCGAAGGACGACGAUCUCGGGUUCCAUCAGCUGCCUCCUUUGAUCAGCUAYGCCUUCGAUUUUCGACCGAACGUCUGGAUUUCGACGCUGUUCUUCUGCAGCUUCCAGUGGCCUGGCUCCUUCCACUACUUUGAGAUUUACAACCAAAAGAGAGAUGAAGAUCUUUGCACUCUUUGUUUGUGGAUUGUGGGCGAAAAGGGUCUCUGUUUGUACAAUAGCAAGACCCUCAAGUACGAUAUUUGCUAUACUUGGCCAUCCCAAAGAAUUUUAAAAAAUUGAUAUAUUGG